AUGUGUGAUCGUGAAUCCAGACUGAAGGCUAUUGAGUCAGCUAUUGGUAUCUUUCCGGAUUUCCCAAUAAAGGGUAUUCAGUUUCGAGAUUUUCUCGGUGUAUACCGAAACCCUGUCUUAACGCAGUAUUUGCUGGAUGAAGUAUACAAUAUUGCUACAUGUAACAUACAAUGCGGAAAGAAAAUAGAUGUUGUUGUAGGCCUUGAGUCACGUGGUUUACUUCUUGGACCAACUCUGGCUCUUCGAUUGAAUUGUUCCUUCGUCCCUGCUCGAAAAGCAGGAAAACUUCCAGGUCCUUGUUACUCUCAGGCAUACGAGUUAGAAUAUGGAACUGAUACUCUAGAAAUUCAGAGAGAUUCUGUCAAACCUGGGGAUAAUAUAAUGCUGUUCGAUGAUGUAAUGGCUACUGGAGGAACCUUAGAAGCGUGUGUCAAAUUAAUUGAACAGGCAGGCGCAACAGUCUCGUCCAGUUUAACGUUUAUGGAGGUGAACAGUUUGCCUGGACGUAAAAGGUUGGAAAAUCUUGGAGUGAGUGUACACUCAAUCUUCCAAAUUUAUCGGAAAUAUGUUCUCUAAAUUGUUUUUUAGAACAAACUUUUUUAUUUCGAAGUGAGUAUUGUCUUGCUCUCAAAUAUCCUUUAGCACAAGAAUGUUUUGUACUCACAGUAUAAUAUGUUGAAUGCCUUAUUAUUACUUAACUACAGGUUUCGUUCCUCUAUUAUUUUGCUACUUAUUUUUUGGAAACAUUUAUUUCCCGAUAUGAAUUUAAAGCAAGCAAUAAAGGUUAAUAAAGCAGGAUUUAAUGAAUUCAUCAAAUUUCGGUAGAACUCGUCAGCUGAAUACUCUACAUACACGGAUUUAUAUACUUUUGAAAUUACAUUGGGAGAUAUAGGACUGAUAAAUAAACAAACUACAUUGAAUUAGUCAUGCAGAAAGACAGGUGCGAAUGUUUUUCCAGGUCAUGUUCAAAUAGAUAAGGGGAGAGAGUGUAUGAGAGAUCAAAAUUAAGAUAAAUUGCAUCACUUAGAUAAACAAUUAGACAUUAGAGAAUAUAACAAGAGUUGCAAACAGAGUGAUGUCAGUAGUAAUAGAUAUAAUAACAAUAAUAAUAAUAGAGUUGAAGUGAGUUAAGAUAAUCCUACUGAUAAAGGAUAGUUUUAAAUGAAUCAAGAAUAAUAAUGAUAGGUAGAAUUAUAAGUAAAACGUAUUACCAUUGUAGAUUCAGAGUCACGACCAUCUCCUUUUAUACACAGAGACCUGGUUUGUAAACUCGAAUUGCACAAGCCUCUGCAAUUGCAAGCGUCUUCUUGUUUCUUUGUCUGCUGACAAUAGUGAAUGACUUGACCGCGUCGAUAUCAUGUCCGUAAUCCACAAGAAGCUUUGUUAUUGUUACUUAUUUUUUAAUGAAACCUGA